ACGGGCACCCAGCCCCGCGGCUCGAGCCCUGCAGACCUCGGCUCAAAUCGAAAGGGCAGCUGACACGAUGGUCGCCCGAGCACUGAUCCCGCUGCUCGUGACAUGCCUGGCUGAUGCAGGAAAGAUGCGAGCCGCUGUGGUGGCCAACCGAAGCUGGGAUUUUCAGUUCCACCUGGAGAAGGUCGAGGUGAUCGACGUGGAGAUCCCCGAGCCGGGGCACGGCGAGGUUCUCAUAGAGGUCCACGCGUCCAACAUCAAUCCGGUGGAUCACAAGAUUGUGGAGAUGGCCGGAUGGUCCUGGACGUACCCGCACAAGCUGGGCUACGACGCUGCGGGGAAGGUGCUGGCGCUGGGCAAGGGCUGCGCGCGCCUGAAAGUGGGGGACGAGGUCUGGGGCGAGGCGACAACCCUGACCGAGAUGGUCACCACAGCGGGCACCUACGCGCAGUACGCGGUGGUCUCCGAGUCAGUGCUGGGGAUCAAGCCCAAAUCUCUCAGCUGGCUGGAGGCGGGGGCUAUGCCCAUGGUGGCCCUCACCGGCCUGGAGAGCUUGCUGUGGGCUGCCGAGGGCCAAGCCGCGGGCCUGCGCAACGCCACCGUGCUGGUCCUCGGUGGCAGCGCGGAACCUUUUUGGAGAUCAAGGUACACAGGUGGUGGAACCGGGCACGUGGGCAUUCAGCUGGCCAAGGCGAUGGGCGCAGCACGGGUCAUCACCACCUGCUCCGAGACUCACCGGGACUUUGUGCGUAGCCUCGGCGCGGAUCAGGUGAUUGACUACAAAAAGCAGAACUACUACGACGUGCUCCAGCCGAAGUCAGUAGACGUGGUGUACGACUGCGUGGGGCUGAAGGGCACCGGGGACCAUGCCUUCGGCAUCAUCAAGGAGCAUGGCAGCUUUGUGACGCUGCUGACGGGGGCCACCGCGUCCAUCUCCACGCGCUUUCACCGCCCGGACGUGCGCCAGAACGCGCCCACCUGUGUGGGCAGCUGCUCCCAGCACCAGCGCAUCGAGCAGGUGGCCUCCAUGGUGGAGGCGGGGAAGUUGAAGGUCCACAUCGGCCAGGUGUUUGGCCUGGAGGACAUUGUCAAGGCUUACAACCAGUCACUUUCCGGACAUAGCACCGGGAAGGUGGCUCUGCUCCUCAAAAAUGAGACGCAGCACGCGCAGAUCCAGGUUUGAGCCGGGGGGUUGCUCCUGGCCAGAGCUGCAAAGCGCACUUCGCCGGGGCUCGCUUGGACCCGUGGUGGAGAAAACU